AUCUUGCGGUUCGUCUAACGUCUGAACUAUGUCUCUAAGUAUAUAUAAGUAAUGCGCCUAUUCAUAAACCAGUUACUAAGCCACACAGGAACAAACCCAUAAAAGCAUUUUAGAGAACAUGUUGCUUUUCAAGUGCUGACGUUCAAUGUGUUGCCGUAUGACGCCAUCUGUGCAUUUAGGCAUUCCUGAUUCGUGCGGGUUCUCCGCCGUCUCCCGUAGUCUCAUUCUAGGAAAGAGUUUACAACACGUUCUGUGGUAUAACUAGUGGACACGUGUAUUAACGAUUUUAUUCCCGUUUUAUUCACCUGAAAUCAUUCAAAACUGAUGCGGUAGCAUUAGCAUGUAAAGUCAUUUUCAAUUUAGUGCCAGAAAGGAAGGUUCUUGCUUCUUCAAAGCAAGCAAUCACGAGAUCGUCUUCCGUGUUCGUUCAGAAUAACAGGACAUGGUGACGAGACUUGGAUUUGUCAAGAGUUUACUUCAAAGACGAAAAAUGUAUAUACGCUGAAAUGCUUCUGAGAAGUGAGAGUGACAUUAACAAUAGAAUGUAUGCCAAGAGAUACAGCGUUAUCCCUAUAAAUGAGGGAAUAAGAGAAGCAGCUGGUUCACCUGGUUGCGAUCUUGUUGAUGCUGUGACCCGUAAGGAUGUUGCAUUUUGCAGAGGUAUUAUAACUACUAAAAAUGUAAACUUGAAACUGGAUCAAGAUGAAACCCUCCUACAUGUUUUAGCAAUGAAAUAUGGCAAAAGAAAGAAGUCUGCCUCUGAUAUUCUAUUAUUGCUAUUAGAAAUGGGAGCCAAAUGCAAUGCUAGAAACAAAGAUGGAAACACACCUCUGCACAUCGCAGCAAGAGAAGGUCAUGACGAAUUCUGCAAAAUACUUAUUGACCAAAAAAAUAAAGACAAAACUUCUUUACUGGACAUGAAAAGUUCUUGUAAAAUGACUCCACUGCAUCUUGCUGCUCAGCAAGGACAGGUCAAAGUUGUGUCUCUUCUUUUGACAGAGGGAGCUGAUGCAACUUUAAGAGAUAAUAAUCAGUAUCUCCCACUACAUUAUGCAGCUGCAGCUGGUUACCAUGAAAUAUGUGAAUUACUACGCGACACAUAUCCUACUGCUGAUCUGACUGGUUGCAAUCCCCCACCACCUCUCAUGCUGGCUGCUAAAGGAGGUUAUGAAUGGUGCUGUAGAAAGUUGGUCCUUUCAAAGAAAGAUCUUAAUUGGCAGGAUAAACAAAGAAACACACCUAUGCAUAUAGUUGCAAAAAAAGGCUUUGAAUAUUUUCUUGCUUACCUUAUAAAACAAGGAGCAGACCUUGAUGUACAGAACAAAGCAGGAAACACGCCACUCAUGGAGGCCAUUUCCAAAAAUGCAUUAGGCUGCCUGAAUCUCCUCAUUGAUAGUGGUGCAAACCUCAGUUUACAGAAUGAAGAUGAGAAGGGAGUUCUUCACUUAGCUGCUGAAAAGAAAGCAGAUGACUGUUUGAAUUUACUUCUCCAUAAAAAUAGUGUUAAGAAAGACAUUGAUAAAAAAGACAAAACUGGGUGCACACCUCUUCUGACUGCGAUCAGAAAGGGCAGUGAUAAAUGUUCAUUUAUGCUACUGCAAGCUGGUGCAUCUCCACAAGAGAAGUGCAACUUGAAAUUUACCGCCUUACAUUAUGCAGCUCAGACUACAACUACUGAUGUCCUGCAAGAACUGCUGAGAAAUAAAGCUAUAGAUGUGAAUGCUGCUAACUACAAAGGACUGACACCCUUGCAUAUGGCAGCUGAGAAGGGCGCCAGAGAAGCAUGUAUGAAACUUUUGAGGAGAGGUGCCCGUGUAGAAGCAACAGAUAAACAAAGUCGAACAGCCCUGCAUAUCAGUACCCUUCAUGGUCAUUCAGCAAUCAUCAAGCUUUUGGACAAACAUGGAGCUCAGAAAAAAGCAUUAAAUGAAAAUAAAUCCACUGCUCUCCAUAUUGCAGCUGAUACAGGAAAUCUUGAAUGUUGUAAAGUACUUACUAAAGCUGAUCCACAUCUUUGUAAGAUAACAGACUCAAAAGGCAGGUAUCCUAUAGAUAUUGCCUUCCAAAAAGGACACAACAAGGUUUCAGAGUUCUUUCUGCAGUCUUUACACAGAUUACCCCCAGGUUUAGAAAAGAAUCUUCAUAGGCACACACACCAAGCACUUAAAGAAAGAAACAGGUCAGCCAUUGAAAUGAUAAUUGAAAGUUGUUGGUGGGAAAAGGGUUUCGUCUCCAGCGCAGACAACCUUCAUGAGAGAGGACCUUGUGAUAACUUCCGACAGACUAUAAAGCUAUAUCCAGAUUUAGCAAAGAUUCUGAUGGAUAAAUGUGUAAUCACUUCCCCUUGUGGAUAUAAUUUCAACGAAUACAAUUUCAGAUUGUUGGAGGAUUGCUACUAUAUGGCUACAGAAGCCACGGCACCACAUAAGACGACUAUGCAGGAAAACAAAUAUGAUCCAUUUGCUAAGACAGGAGCACUGAAACCUGAGGCACGAGAAUUUACCUCAGAUUCUGUUCAGUGGAAGAACAGCCACCCUGUUCACCUGAUGACCAAAUGGAAAUGCUUAGGCCUCCUUAAACAUUCCGUAACUGAGCGUUGGUUGUUGUGCAAAUGGAACAAGUACAUCAGAAACACUUAUAUUUUUAUACUUUUGCUCCAGAUCGUCCUCUCUCUUUUCAUCAUAGCAUUUCUGAGCUUUGUUCCUAACUGGAGAGCGGUGUCCACACAUAUCAGCAACAUGUCACAAGAUGUAUCAUGCGAAGAUUUCCAGCGAAUACAAGAUCCAUAUAUCAAAAAGGUUCGUGAGGGAUACAGCUCCUUCGUGGCAUGUCACAUCUUGCUGUUUUUAGCAGCACUUUCAGUGUUCUGUUUGGAAGUCUUCAGUCUGUCAAAGAUGCGCCACACUUACUUCCGUGACCUCACCCAUCUUCUGAGACUUGCUUGCACAGUUCUUGCCUUCGUUCUCGUGUUUCCCUACGAAUCCUGUGAAACUCUAAUUAAGCCGGCGAUUCCUUGGGAGAGUGGUGUGCUGUCGUUCAUGCUAAGUUCCAUUUGCCUUAUGAACACCAUCAACAAACUUCCGUCAUGCUCCUACUUUUCCAAUAUCACCCACCAGUUUAUUAGGUCUUACUUAAAGGGGCUUUUCUUGAUAUCAGUAAUUAUAUUGACAUUUGCAUACUGUUUUCAUCUCCUUAUGAGAAAUGACGAAGCUUUUCAAAGUAUUUUCCAUGUUAUUAUCAAAAUGGUGGUGUGGGUCCUCGGUGAUUUAGCAUUUGACGAUACAUUCGGAACCAAAGAACUGACCUACCCAAUCAUAACCAUGUUCUUGUACCUUGGGUUCAUCUGCAUGGUUGGAGCAUUUAUUGUAAGCCUUGUCAAGGCUCCUUCCGUGGAUCCCCGUACAGCUGCAUUCAAUGAAGCGGCAUCGUUCGCUAAUUUUGUGCUGACUAUAGACGUUUGCUUACCCCAGCUAAGAAAAAAAUACGCUGUUAGCAAGUACAGUGACAAAGACCGGAAGUCGUGGGUGAAAAAACUGGAGGAUUGGUGGAUGAACCUACGUCCUUCUGCGUUCCGCAGAAUGGUUAUUCCACUGACCACGAACGUUACGAUGAUGGAACUUCCUGCACAACGACGACCCUGGUUAACGAGGAAAAUCGAGCAAACUGCCAAUUUUUUCGGUACUCUUACUAGUGGGGACGAUGCUGAUGACAAAUGCUUCACUAUUUCGAAUGAGCAGCAAGAGAAAAUAGACCCACAAAGUGCCAAAUUAGAUCAGCUUUUGACGAUGUGCAAAAAACUUGUUCAUGAUAAUCAGGUGCAGAAUGAGCAGAUCAACGAGUUAAAACAAUUACACAAUGAACAAGUUACUGAGCUCAAGCAACAAAUUAAUACUUUGAUGACGUCCUUGUCCGUGAAGACAUGAAAUUUAGAUAUGGACACUAUUCGAAUGUUGUAUUAAGAGGAUCUGAAUAAGUUUGCACGAUCAGAUGGAGGUGAAUAUUAAAUGCAUAUAAAAAAAAUUCAUAUUCAGUUUUUCAGCAUAUAUAUUAAGUUUGAUAUUCUGUCUUUGCCAUUAAUUGUAACCAGUGUAUAAAGCCGCUCAUUUCUGGACAACUCAUAACCAGAUCAUUCUCAUAUGAUCAACUCAUAUUUGAUGAAAUCAAACCGAGGUCAAGUCAGAAAAAACAAUAGGUCAGGAAUGAGUAUUACUUGUGAUCGUUCAAAAUUCUUGACAGCUAUUUCGAGACAAUUUGUGGUAAUAACUGCGACCCGUCAAGCGAUUAUAUGAUACUUAGGCAGUUUGAGAAACUCCUGUGUUUGAUGUUGAUGAACUCUAGGAGUUAAAAUGAACUCUCAUUAUCAACAUUCUUCGCCACCAAAAGUGGUCUUUUCAGUACAAGCCUGACUUUCCAAAUUUUCCAUCUGAUUCUGGCAUUUUCCCAGAAACACAGUUUCAUGAAUAGCUAUAGUAGAUUCACAUCUACCGUGCAUUUGAUGUCUAGGCCAGUCCCUUACGACGCUCCUGAUUGGCUGUUGAUAAGCCAGUCUGGAAACUCAGUCUCUCGCGAGAGUUCACAUAGGCAGGAUGUACGUUCCUCCUCUCCUGAGGGAUACUUUUGAAAGACAUCCCUCAGGAGAGGUGGAAAUACAUCCUGUCUAUGUGAACUCUCUCGAGAGACUGAGAGUUUUCACCCCUAUGUAUGAGCGUCGUAAGGGACAUCAGAUACUCGGUUGAUGUGAGUCUAAUAUAGUACUAGACAAUUUCUUGGAAUACACAUUCCUGAAUUGAUGCAAUGUUCAUGAGACUAUAGGAUACAUUCAAAAUACUCCAAUCCUGUUUAUCUAGUUUAUGAGAAAUUUACCUUUGUUGAAGAAAGUUUCAUUUUCACAUCUCAGAUUUUUUUUUUUCCUGGGCAGGACUUUGGUUGUGAGUUGUCCGGGUGUGCGUUGCCUCAUUAUUGUCUUCCGAGACAUAUUGUGUCCAUUGUAGUGUGCUGUGAUAAAUAAAAAAUAAACUUUAAAUCCUAUUGUA